ACAGACACGACAGGAGUUAAAGGGUUAAACAUUGCAAUUGAAGGUAAGUGUGGAACACUGUUAGUGUUUGACCAAUCAGAGUUCUUCAGCACACAGUCCCACCCCACUAGAAUUCUGCGGAAUCUGAAAAGUCCUACCCCCCUAACAGAAACUUUUUACAGGGGAUGUUAGGGGUUUGGGGAAAGUUUUAUACUUCAGUAAUUUCGAUAGAAAUUCACCAAGGUUUUUCAAAGUCCUGGGUAAAGUUAAAGUUCCUGGUAAAGUUCCUGCAGUUGUAAAGGGACUCAUGUACUGUGCUCUCUUUGGUGUCCCCAGCAGGUUUCCUGAUGUUCAGUCAUGGAGUCAGAGACCACCUUCAUUCUUCUGGGAAACAGUGGUGCCGGUAAAAGUGCUUCAGGAAACACCAUUUUAGGACGAACAGCAUUUGAGUCAAAACAGUCUUUUUCAUCUGUAACAACUGAAAUCUCAGAACAAGCUGGAGCUGUUCUGGGGAAGCAAAUCUCAGUGAUCGACACUCCAGGUAUUUUAGGUCCAGAUGGAGAGGAGGAGGACUCAUGUGCAGAGGAGGACUUUUUUAUGGGGGAAGACUCUCGGGUAGAGGUAAAGAUUAAAAACCACUGUGAUGAACUCUUGCGGGAAGGCAGAUCCUGUGUGUUUCUAAUUGUUGUUAAAAUAGCUCGAUUCACCCGUGAGCAGAAAGACGCUGUGGAAGCAGCUCUCAGGGUCAUCGGAAAAGAGCAGGUGAAGAACAGUUACCUGCUGUUCACAGGUGAAGACAAAUUAGACAAUAAGACUCUGGAGGAGUUCAUGAAUGAAAAUCCAAAAGGUUCUCUUCGGAAACUUGUUAGCAUGUUUGGAGAAAGGUAUCAUGUCUUCAACAACAAAAGCGGAGGACAGAAACAAGUCAAGGAGCUGCUGAAGAAGUCAGGACUCCUCAGAUCAGUUUCAGCGCAGUCGGCCAGGCUGGAGGAAAGGAGGAUAGUCCUGCUCGGUCUGCCUGGAGUUGGAAAGAGUUCAUCAGGAAACACCAUCCUGGGACUACAAUCACAGUCGGACUGUUUUAAAUCAGGCUGUGACUUCACCUCAGUCACCAAAGAGACUGACAGUAAAUCAGCAGAAGUGGAGGGUCGUCGGGUCACUGUGGUCGACACUCCAGGAAUCACUGGUGAGGGUUGGGCUCCUAAAAAGUUAUUUGAAGAGAUCAUGAAGUCAAUAAAAGCAUCUGAUCCAGGACCACAUGCCUUCAUCUUUGUGGUCAAACUCGACAGAAUCUCCAAAGCAGAUGAGAAACUAUUUGAGUUGUUGCCCAAACUGUUUGACCGAGAUGCUCCAAAAUACUCCAUGGUGUUGUUCACACACGUAGAUAAGUUAGAAGGUGGAAACAUUCUCGCAAAAAUUAGAGAUAGCAGUGCAGUGUUAACGCUGCUUAGAAAGUGUCGUAAUAGAUACUGUGAGUUUAACAACAGACAGCCCAGAAACAAGCAGCAGGUAAGACACCUGCUGGAUAAAAUUAAUCAGAUGGUCACAGCUAACGGUGGAGGUCACUACACCUCUGACUUGUUCAAUAACGUUCACACCUUACCUGUGUCACUUUCCAUUAAAUGGCAUGAUGUUCGUGAUUCGUUUGAAAAGAUUCUCAAUGAUAUAGUCAAAUGGUUAAAUUCUUCGAGUUCAACAAAUGCAAACUCCAAUCAAAGCAUGGCUCUGACUUCAUACAACCCCUUGAAGCCAUAGUAAGAACCAUGAGAACUUCCCUUUCUUUGGGUUCUUAACUCCAGAAGAAAAGUCGAAAAAUACUGGAGAUAUAGCAAGAUGUUUAACAAAGGGCUUCAGUGUUGUAUUAAUAUUCCAAACUCUCAGUAGCAGAGGGAAGUCAUGUACCAGAACACAAUUAUAACUACCAAAAUCACCAACAAAUUAUCACUAUAUCCACAGACUGUAUCACCCACAAGUACAAAGCUAAUUGUUUACAAAUAUCUGUAUAGUUAUAUUGUCAGGUUGUUUUUUUUCUUGAAUCUAAAACUUAUAGCGGGUUAUUUUGACAGUCAGACUAACACUGUGUCUUAUAAUCUUUCAUGUCCUGCAUCAUGAUAGUUUACAUUAUAGCUCUGUUAGCUUAGCUCUGCUUUUAGACAGAAAACAGCCACAGUAAAUCCAUAAAUCUCUUUUGUUCUCCAUACAGUUUGUGUUGUCAAUAGCUGCACUAAAGAUAAGACAAAAUAUACUUUAUUGAUCCCCCAAGGGUGAAAUUCAAAUGUACAGCAGCACAAGACGAUGUGCAUCACAUACAAUAGAAAAAAUAAAGAUAAAAACUAUAAAAAUGUGGGUGACUAAAAAUAGUAGUAAUAAUAAUAAUAAUAAUAAAUUAAUAAGUAUGCAGUAAGUGACUUUGAUAAGUGUGCAAGUGAGUGUCAUUGACAGAUGCAAAAGUCUGUUCAGGGCAGGAUGUACUUUAGGCCAAGCUGCUGUUGUACAGUCUGAUGGAACUAGGGAGCAUGUGAAACGUUGAGUCCUGCACCUGGGUGGGGUCUAUUGAAUGACUGAGCUGCCCAUCAGCCACAGCUCAUCAUGCAGAGGGUGAGAGGACUUGUCCAUGAUUACACAAAUUUUGUCCUUCACCCUCCUCUCAGCCACCGUUUCCAGGCUGUCCAGGUCCAGUCCCACCACAGAAUGGGCUUUCCUCACCAGCUUGUUGAGCCUGUUGCCCUCACCAGUCCUAACACACACUUCAGCAGACAAUAGUGCACUGGCCACCAUGGACUGGUAGAAGGAUAUUGAAGAUCUAUUUGGAAUCGUCCACACAAGGUCUGAACUGUCACAUUUUAUUCUGAACUGUGGCUCAACAAACAGCAAACUCAGCAAAGAUGACAUCACAUAACUGUUUACCUUCUUAAGGCUCAUAAUCUAACUCACCUGUGAUUUCAGCAUCAAACUCCAUUCUUUUUAUUUAUAGCUGAGUCCAGUGGGGAAAACAACAACAGUACUUCUAGAUUUUAUCAGUUUAUUUUUCUGUAGAAGUUGUUUAUUAGCAGUUUUAAUCCCAUCACAUCACUCUGAUGUUUUGGUGAAAAAACGCACAGAGCAGGUCAUGUGAUUAGUUUUCCUUACUAUGGAAAACCAACAGAGUGACUCACUACACCCUCUAGUGGUUGGUUGGACUGUUGGUAUGAAUAUGUUCCAUUCAUAUCUUUAUAAUCCAAUCCCCUGGUGUGUUUGGAUGGUGAGAGGAAGCUGGAGGACCUGAAGAGAAACCAUGCAGACACAGGGAGAACAUGCAAACUUUACACAUGGAGGCCCACGCUGCCCAGGACUGGAAUAGAACCCAGGACCCUCUUGCUAGAAGGUGAUGAUGCCAACACUGCACCACUAUGCCGCUAACGUUUGGCAAAUGAGAUUUAAUUUAUAUCUUGUUUGCUGUUUGUUUGUAACUGGACAGAGCACGUCUAGUCAUUGACAAUAUUCACAUGAUGGUUUCAGUGUGCCAAGCUGAAAGAUCUGAUGAUCUUAAACAGGACUAUUUUUGGAGAAAGACUGACUUGAGACAGCUUGGAGUUUUAUGAACACCUCACACCAAACAAGCCAGAGGACAGGAGCCUUAACUUUCAUGAUUUUAUUCUAACAGUGGAAGUUUAUCUGUCACAUUGUCAUCUGGAGUUGGAAUAUACUUUUUAAAAAUGUCUGACAUCAUGUUGUGUUUAUGUUGUGAUAUCUUCAUAGAUCUCAGUGUGUAGUGAAUGCAUGUACAGAAUAUCAUGCCUGUAAAUGCUACUGAUGUUUUCCUGUAAAUGUUCAUAUGGUGGAACCAGCAGAUGUUCUGUUCUUUUGCUGUCCUCAGAUCAGCUCACGUGUCAUUAAUUUAAGCCAACAAAAAGUACAGCUUUGUUAUCAUCCACUAUUUGUUUUGGAUAUUUUGUUGAAAAAGUAUAUUGAAUCAAUAAAUUUAGAUGAAAAAUAUUCGUUUUUUUUCCCUCAAAUUACUGAUCUUUUAUUUCAAAUUAGCACAAAUGCUAUGUUUCGGCUGGCCUGGGAACGCCUCGGGAUCCCCCCGGAAGAGCUGGAGGAGGUGUCUGGGGAGAGGGAAGUCUGGGCAUCCCUGCUUAGACUGUUACCCCCGCGACCCGGCCCCGGAUAAGCGGAAGAGAAUGGAUGGCUAUGUUUCAGAGACUAGUUUAAUUUUGGGCUGAGAGUUUGACUCUUUUUAUUCAUUUACUGAAUAUAAUGUAACACUUUUUACAGUGAUAAACAUAUUAUGCAUAGUCUUUGGAAAUUUUCAUAUGAUCCAUAUGAAGCUGACAGAAAAACUCCACCACUUUAUUGUAUUAUUUGAAGAUAAAUUUUGCUGAGAUUGUUGCUCUUACAUUUGAUUUAUUCAUAGUCAAACCACAUGCGGAUAGAAGGUGGUGCAAAGGUGAGGAUCUGAGUCAGGACAACACUUAUAUUAUGUUCACACUUGAGGUGAAAGUGGCCCAGAUCUGACUUUUUGCUCAUAUGUGAUGAGUAUGUGAUUUUUUUUUUAACAAUCUGAACAAAUCAGGGUUUUUUUUCCUAACCAGACCCAGACCACUUUAAUGUAUAAAAUGUAAUGUUCAUUUUUGAUGUUUGCGUGGAUUGUCAAUAUUGACCUGAAAACAGAACAGGUGAAUUGAGCCACAAAUAUGAACAAAUUGAACUUCAGACAAAUGUAUUUAAACCUUUAUUACAGUACCGUAUUGGAUCAUUUUUCACUCAUUAAAAUAGUUUUAUUAUG